CGCAGUGUUUAGUUCACACACGCGCACACGCACAGGCAGGCGCGCUCACUUACCGCUCUCAUCUGGACCGUGCGCCUCCAGCUGGCUCAGCGCGAGAUGAUUUACCCCAAAUGUCCCGACAGGGUGCCAUCUGUGGAGAUUUAUCGCGGUGUGUCGUGAAGAAUCUGAUGUUCAGUUUCCCGUGAGAGCGAGCGAUAGACACAGAGAUGUCUGGCGGCGGCGGGCAGCUCAGCGUGAGACAGUGGACCCCUAAACACGUGGGCCGCUGGCUGCGCGAGGAGGGCUUCUGCGAUUACGUGGACCUGCUGUGUAACAAACACCGCCUGGAUGGAACCAGCCUGCUGACGCUGAGCGAGUAUGACCUGCGCUCUCCUCCGCUGGAGCUCAAGGUGCUGGGCGACAUCAAGCGGCUGAUGGUCUCUCUCCGCAAGCUGCAGAAACAAAACGCUGAUGUGUUAGAAGAACUCGGGCUGUCUUACGACGGACACUCGCCUCAGAACAGCGCAGGUGCACCGGACUGGUUGUGUAACGGUGACUCCACGCAUGACUGUGACGCUGUGCUGGACACUCUGAGCGGCGACCAUCAUCACCAGUACAACAAUGGCAAGUACAAGCAGCAGACGCGACGACUGGACCCGGAGUACUGGAAGACCAUCAUCAGCUCCGUCUACGUGGUCUUUGUCUUCGGCUUCACGUCAUUUGUCAUGGUGAUCGUGCACGAGCGAGUGCCGGACAUGAGGACGUACCCCCCGCUGCCCGACAUCUUUCUGGACAGUGUACCCAGAAUCCCUUGGGCUUUUUCGAUGGCAGAGGCCUGUGGUGUGAUCUUGUGCUCUAUUUGGCUGCUAGUGUUGCUUCUUCAUAAACACAGGUCAAUUCUGUUGAGACGGUUGUGUAAUCUCAUGGGGACGGUCUUUAUGCUGCGGUGUGUUACCAUGUUCGUGACUUCUCUGUCCGUGCCGGGUCAACACCUGCAGUGCACUGGGAAGAUAUACGGUGACAUGUGGGCCAAGCUUCAGCGUGCAGUGGCCAUAUGGAGCGGGUUCGGGAUGACCCUCACAGGAGUCCACACGUGUGGAGAUUACAUGUUCAGCGGACACACUGUCGUUCUUACCAUGCUCAACUUCUUUGUCACUGAAUACACGCCGCGCAGCUGGAACUUCAUACACACGUUGUCGUGGGUUCUGAACCUGUUCGGGAUCUUCUUCAUCCUGGCGGCUCACGAGCAUUAUUCCAUCGAUGUCUUCAUCGCGUUCUACAUCACCACCAGACUCUUCCUGUAUUACCACACGCUGGCCAACACGCGGGCGUACCAGCAGAGCCGCCGCGCUCGAAUCUGGUUCCCCAUGUUCUCCUUCUUUGAGUGCAACGUUAACGGUCCGGUUCCGAACGAGUACUGCUGGCCCUUCACUCGACCUGCAAUACUCAAGAGACUCAUCGGCUAACACACACACACUCACACUCAUGUUUGUACUGAUGAUUCUGAACAAACAGAAUCAGAUUCUGCGUUGCCAUGAUGGACGCCAAAGACGCGUCUAACCCCUAACAUGCAAACACACUAGACAUUUUAACGGUCAUUGUGGUUCUUCUAGGAGGACUGGAACAUGAAUUCUGACUGUGAAUAUUCACUCAUAUUUUCCUCAUGGAAUCAGACUGAUAAUCACAAGAUUGAAUUUCUUUGGAAAGGUGUUUUAUGCAUUGCCCAACACUAAAAGCAUUUAACUGGAAAUGCAGUCUUUUCACAGUUUUUAUUUGGGUUCUGUUGAAGUGCUAGACAGGACACGUUUAGACGUCUUAAAAUCCUUUGAAUGACAGUUUUGGCAGUAUUAUUUUAGAUGCUCGUCGUGGUAAAUUCCUCAUGUCCUCCAAAGACGUUUCAACUUUAAUAAGAGUUUCAAUCUUUGAAGCAAUAGGACACAGCCUGCUGUUCUUUCAUUGUUAACCACAUGGUUUUAUCUGAAACAAUGUCAUUGCGUAGGUUUUUGUUUUAUCGCUAUUAUUGUUGUGCGUCAGAUGUCUACAUUGUUUCAUUGUGCAGAUGUUGUUUUGGCAGUAUUUGUAUUUGUGUGGAAUGAAAGAAUGAUGCUUUAAUCGUGUGUUUGAGACUCUGAAUUUUGGUAAACGUCAAAGAAAAUCAAAAGAAAACUAUAAUUAAUGCUAUUUUGGGAUUGGACUAUUUUGGCACUUUUAAAUUGCUUUGGAAUUUAUUAUUUUCAUGACAAUUAAGUUUACACAGAUUAGUCUCACUCUCACUUGAGUAUUUUUGUAAUUAUUCUCAAAGGUGGUUCUCUUUAAAUUUUCAUUGUUAUACAGUCUACUUAAUAUUUAAAUGCACAUAAAUUAAGGAAGGACAACAAUUACAUCCAUGGUGUAUACUUUUCUUAUUGAAUUUCUUAAUUUUAUUGUUUUUUGUUUUACAUUAUGUGGAUGAGACUUUCCAAGGAACAUGUCUAGAAUGUAAUUGUCUUGGAAGAGUCACCAUGCAAAAAAAUCUUUAAGGUCUUAAAAUAAGCUGUUCUUAAUGUAAUUUACAAUCUUAUGUUUUUCUUUAGAUUUUGGGGUGAAGGCUGACCCAAACACAUCCUUGACAGGUUUCAUGAGACUUGUUAUGCUGACCUUUAUGUUUGUUCAUUUAACAAAAACACUGAAAUGCCAAAACCUUAGAUUGACAUUUUUAACUGCUUUAUCCCAUUUGCCAAUGCUGUGGUAUAUUAACACAUUUGUUUGUAUUAAAUAUCUCAGAAUUGUUGUCAGAUUUAUGGUAUGGUCAGAAGGGUCUUAGUUAUCUUGUGAAUGUUUACAGAAACGUGAUUAUUGCAAGCAGGGCGAUAUGUUCUUGUGCUUUUGGUGUAGUGGGAGUUUUCAUUAGAAAUGGCUAGUUUUGAUGAGUUAUUGUGUUAGGUUUAAAAUAACAAGUUAGUAUAUUUACUUUAUAGAUCUCUCUAAGCACAGAGAAUUAAGAGUUGGACCUCAUGUUAGUAUUUUAUGGCUAUGUACAUACUGUACGAGAGAUUUAAAAACUGUUGGUUGGUAAAUGGUAUUAUGUACUGUGUACAAUACAAAUGUUUUAUCUUUGACAUUUCCCUUCUUGUCCAGUGUGUAAUACUGAAUUUGAAAGCAUCUUAACAAAAAACAUCUUUAGUAGUUUGGGGAUGUUAAACAGACUCUUUAUUUUGACUCGCCAAAUAAUUGUGAUAUACUUAAUGUCAAAUGGUUCAAACACUAAACAUGCUACACAAAACAGUCUCAUCGUUUCAAAGUUAAUUGUGCAGUGCUUGAAAAUGCCAUUAGUCUCUAUGGGCUUUUGUUAAGGUUAGAUUUUUUAUUUAAGUGGAAAUACUGUUUUUUUCAUUGGAUGAAUUGUUGAAUUUAAGAAGCUCUGUGUUCAGUGUUUAACACAAUGUGUCUGCCAUCAUCAAUAAAAUUUACAAAUGAAA